UUUUGCCUCUACAAUCAAACAGGACCAUGUUCUUCCAAUCCUUGUCAAAAUGGAGGAACCUGCAAAGUAAACAUAAAUGCUUACAACUGUACUUGCCCAGUUCAAUACACAGGAAAUAAUUGCGAAUUGAAAGAUGUUUGUUAUAAUAAACAACUGUGCAAAAAUGGUGGUACUUGCAGGACAACAAAACCUAAUAGGUAUAAAUGUGACUGCAAACCUCCAUAUUCUGGUCGACUCUGUGAAAAAGUCAGCGCAUGUUCAUCUAAUCCUUGCCAAAAUAAAGGAACCUGCAUAGAAGACAAAAAUAAUUCUUACAAGUGCAACUGUACUGUUCCUUACAUUGGGAAAAAUUGUGAACUGAAAGAUGUCUGUUAUAAUAGACAAUUGUGUCAAAACGGAGGCACGUGCAGAACCACAUCUCCUAAUAAGUAUAAAUGUGACUGCAAAGCUCCAUAUAAUGGAACACGGUGUGAAAAAGAUCCUUGUUCUGAAAACCCAUGCAAAAAUGGUGGAACUUGCACUUUUAAUGAAAAAGGCUUCACUUGUAAAUGCAAGCAGCCCUACAGUGGGCCAACAUGUCUGAUAGAUCCUUGCUCCAGUAAACCAUGCAGUAAUGGCGGUACAUGCAAUGUAUUUGGAAACAACUUUAAAUGCAGCUGUAAAAUUCCAUUCAGUGGAGAAAGAUGCGAAAAGAACCCAUGCACAGUUAAUCCCUGUGAAAACGGAGGAAUAUGUACUGUUUCUGAAAAUGGAUAUAAAUGCAACUGUAAAGCGCCAUAUUCCGGAGAAAAAUGUGAAAAAGAUCCUUGUUCUGAAAACCCAUGCAAAAAUGGUGGAACUUGUAAUUUUAAUGAAAAAGGCUUCACUUGUAAAUGCAAGCUGCCCUACAGUGGGCCAACAUGUCUGAUAGGUAAGCACAAUGUUUUAAAAUUAAUUUUUUAUUUUUCUUUCAGAAAUGGAUAGGUUGCUAUCAUUUAA